UUCAACUCCAUGACUUUGCUGCGUAUGAAAUCAUUCAGCUUUUGCAUUUUCAUUGAAGCGGCUGCAUUGGGAAGUGUGUGAAAUAAAUAAAAAUUCGAAUUGUGUGAUGCCAGUACGUUCUGCUAAUCCGAUACGCGCUAGAAGUUUGAUCCGAGACAAUUUGGAGAAACAGGCUGGUUGUCUAAAUCUAAUACACUCCAGAAUGCCAAACAUUAAAGUGUUUUCGGGCACCUCGCAUCCGGAUCUGGCGCAGCGUAUCGUCGAUCGACUUGGCAUCGACCUCGGCAAGGUGGUCACCAAGAAAUUCAGCAAUUUGGAAACAUGCGUCGAAAUCGGCGAAUCGGUGCGCGGCGAAGAUGUUUACAUCGUGCAGUCCGGUUCCGGCGAGAUCAAUGAUAAUUUAAUGGAGCUGCUGAUCAUGAUAAAUGCAUGCAAAAUCGCAUCAGCCUCUCGUGUUACAGCUGUGAUUCCUUGCUUUCCAUAUGCCCGCCAAGACAAAAAAGAUAAGUUGCCGGGCAGUGAGGAGAAAGAGGAAAGCAAGAAACUUGCCAAGAAAAACUACGAUUGGAAAUUUAGGGCCCAUGCACAGAGCCGUGCGCCCAUCUCGGCGAAAUUGGUCGCUAACAUGCUAUCAGUUGCCGGUGCGGAUCACAUCAUAACCAUGGAUCUACAUGCCUCACAGAUUCAGGGUUUCUUUGAUAUACCAGUUGAUAAUCUCUAUGCCGAGCCAGCGGUACUCAAAUGGAUCAAAGAGAACAUUCCCGAAUGGAAAAACUCAAUCAUUGUGUCACCCGAUGCUGGCGGUGCCAAGCGUGUGACUUCCAUUGCGGAUCGUUUGAAUGUUGAGUUCGCUCUGAUACACAAGGAGCGCAAGAAGGCCAACGAGGUGGCUUCCAUGGUGCUUGUAGGUGAUGUGAAGGAUAAGAUUGCCAUUCUGGUCGAUGAUAUGGCCGACACCUGUGGCACCAUUGUGCAUGCCGCGGAUCGUCUGGUGGAAGCAGGCGCCACUAAGGUCUAUGCCAUACUGACGCACGGCAUUUUCUCGGGCCCGGCGAUUUCACGCAUUAACAACGCCUGCUUUGAGGCGGUCGUUGUGACCAACACCAUACCGCAGGACGGUCAUAUGCGGGAUUGUCCCAAAAUACAGUGCAUUGAUGUCUCGAUGAUGUUCGCCGAGGCUGUUAGACGGACACAUAAUGGCGAGAGUGUCUCGUAUCUCUUCUCAAAUGUUCCAUACUAAUUUGUUGAAAUAAACACAGCUCAGCAACAUUAACACCAACAAUAACAACAACAACAACAACACCAGCAACAAUUUAUUAACAACAAGAACCACAAAAGUAAUCUUCAAGCAGUGUUGCAAGCAAGAAAAGAAAAAAAUUGGAAAGCAUAUAUUUGCCAUCAUCAUCGUUAUAUAUUUUUUAUUACCUAUUAACUAUGUAAACAAUUGCAAAUACAAAAUCACUAAUCGCCAUUAUUGUAAUUAUAUUAAAAAUAGCGUAAACUACACUCAACAACAACAACAACAACAAAAAACUGCACACUAAAUUGCCUUCAUUUUGUUAACUUUUUUGAUUCUGAUUUCAAUUUUUCGAAACGCAUUUUUAGAAAAGAAAAAAAAAACUAACAAAAUAAAAAAAAAAAGAAACACACAUAAAGAUUGUCAACUCUUA